AUGUCGACAUCCUUCUCAAAUCAAGUCUUAGCAGCCUCUGACCUUCAGACCGAAGUGGCUACUGCACUGCUGGAUUUCUACAACUUCCUUGCUCGACUGCCAUGGCUUGAGCCAUCCGACAUCUUAGAGCCGCCAGCGCGAGGCUGGCCUAACAUCAGCAGCGAUAAUUUUGCCCCACUGCACAAGAACGACACAGUGAUCGAAUUGCUCAAGCAUCUACCAUAUCUUCGUAUGGACGGCCCAUUUGAGAGAAAUACGUUAGCUUGGUCGACAUAUCCAUGUGAUUACCGACGUGACUACUUCCAGAAAGUAGGGCCUGGCAUCAAUUGCUGGGAGAUACCGGACACAAGUGAACGCGACUAUGAUUUUCCGGAAUGGGUUGUUGCCCUCACGUAUGGGAAAGUACACGGGCAAUACAUCAUGCUCGACACCACAGAUGGAACGGCGAUGAGGUACCAAGUGCAAACGCUUUACGACCCAGUGUUCGGAGCCGAUGACCCCCGAGCCUGGCGCAAUGAAUGCGCAAGUCCUGGAAGCACUGCGCGUCUCAGCGAUAUACUCAACGAAUGGAAAAAUGAUUAUGCGCAACUGCAUUUGAUCGGCCAGACCAAUGGUAGGGGACCAGUGCAUGCUGAUGGUUCUGGCGACGAGUACAAGGAACUGCACGCACUGAUGCUGAGUCAUGGCUGGCCAGAUAACUUUGAUCGUGAGAGCUGUAGGAAUGCUAUGCUAAAGCGAGAUGAAGAGAAGUUAGUGCAAUACUCUAGUGAGCUCAAGAACCAACAACUAGCUUAG